AUGGCCUCUUUACUCAUCAAAUUGCUGCUAUUAUUCUCAGUUAUUUUCUGCUAUCAGCUCUAUAAAGGAUGGAAAUCCAGAAGGAACACACCUGCAGAAUGUCAACAAGCUCCAAGCUUACCUACAAUCGAACCUUUUCUUGGUUUGGAUCUGUUCAAGAAAUCUCUUGAGAUAAGAAAACAGCAUACCAUCUUAGAAACCCACGCAAAGCAACAUGAUAUCUACGGCAAGACAUUCCAAGCUUUACGUCUCGGCAGAACCACGAUAUAUACAGCCCAUCCAGACAACCUAAAAGCAAUUUAUGGAACAAACUGGAAAGAAUGGGGUACAGGUAGAGCUGAUGCCAUGGAGCCUUUCUGCGGAAGAGGAUUUGUUACUAGAGAUGGCGAAGAAUGGAGAGUUCAUCGAAGUUUGUUUGCUUCAACCUUGACAGAAGCCAAUACUGUAAAUUUGAAACUCCUCGGCGAUGCUUACAAACACUACAUACAAGAUUUGCCGUCAAAUGGACAGACUGUUGAUUUGGCACCAAUCUUCAAUAAAUUGUUCCUGGAUCUAUCACUCCAAUUUCUGUUCGGUAAGCGUCUAGCAGUAUUAUACUCAGGGGAUUCACCGGUGGAUAUGCAUACCUUCGAGAAAGCAUUUGAUGCUGCACAAACUUGGAUGGGUAUACGAUUAGCAUUUGGAAAGUUUGGACGCAGUGUCUCCCUCCUCAGUAACAAAUGGAAAGAGUCAUGCAGAAUAGUACAUUCUUUCGUGGACCAUCAUAUUGUCAAAGCACUUGAGAAACCAGACAACUCAACUUUAGAGGAGUAUGCGUCAACUCUUCUCGAAAAUUUAGUGUUACGGGGAAAGAAUCUAGACGAAAUCCGCUCGCAAAUUCUUCAAGGUAUGCUAGUCACUCAAGAUACAACGGGAAUAGUCUUGAGCAAUACAAUAUUCCUGCUUUCGAGAUCUCCAAAGAUCUGGGCACGCCUGCGAGAUGAUAUUGCUGCCCUCGGUCCAGUCGAAGUUUGGAGUGCAACAGAUUUGAAGAACUUAAAACUUGUUCAAAAUUGCAUAAAAGAAUCUCUUCGCAUCUGUCCUCUAUUCCACGCAAACAGCCGUAUAGCUCUUGUCGACACAACACUUCCAACUGGCGGGGGUUCUAAUGGUACAGCACCAAUAUUCAUUCCAGCAGGCAGGAAAGUCAGCACAAACUUUUACACACUUCACCGAGAAAAAUCGGUAUUUGGGGAUGACAUCGAGACUUUCAACCCCGACCGAUGGAAUCAUAUUUCUCCAAGUAGUUGGGAAUUCAUGCCAUUCAGCCACGGUCCGCGUAGCUGUGCUGGUCGACAUAAAGCUCUAGGAGAGGCCUCGUACAUUGUUGCCAGAAUAGCAAGUCAGUUUCAGCGAAUAGAAAGUCGCGAUGAUAGGCCGUGGACCGAAGAUGUGAAGCUGGUGGUGAAAAAUGGUAAUGGUUGCCAGGUAGCGCUUUUUUCUGCUUGA